CUCUCUUCUCUCUCGCUUCAAACCACUCCUCGCCACCACCGCAAUCAUGGCGUUCUUGCUCAGACGUCCCUUCACGCUUGCGUCUGCGCUGAAGCAGACGCCCAAGACUGCUUCCACUGUCCGCACAUUCCACAACGCUCCGCUCAAGUCUGCGCCAGGCAGCUUCUUCACAAGCCGACCCUCGCUCGCCAACUCGAACAAUGUCUUCCGGAACACCUUUCGUCGCACCUACAUGCAAUCCUCGCCCGCUGUCCAAACUGGUGACCUGAAACAAAGACUUAUCUAUGGAGCCGGCAUCUUUGGCGGUACUCUUCUGGCUAUCAACCUUGUCUUCAACCGUGAGACCCGUGAGGAUGGCGGCAUGCCCACCUACGAGCGCAGCUACCUGAACGAAACCUUCAUGCACACUGGUCUUGGCCUCGGUAUAAUUGGUAUUGCGGCCCGUGCUCUGCACAUGAACGGAUGGAGCUACCGCCUCAUGGCCGCAAACCCAUGGGCUGUCCUUGGUAUCGGCCUCGUCGGAUCUAUCGGUACUAUGUACGGCGCCAGGGCCACCGCUCCCGAAAAUUACGUCCAGAAGUACGCUCUGUGGGGAGCUUUCAACGUCACUCAGGCUGCUCUCCUGUCUCCUCUGCUCUUCCUGCAACCUGCUCUGCUCGCUCGUGCCGGUCUUUACACUGUUGGCAUGAUGGGCUCGAUCGCUUUCGUCGGUGCCACUGCUAAGCAAGAGAAGUACCUCUACCUCGGCGGCCCUCUCCUUGCCGGUGUUGCCAUUGUUGCCCUAUCCGGUCUCGCGCCCAUGGUCGUCCCCGCCACUGCCGCCCGCACGCUCAUGUGGACCGAGAACAUCUGGCUGUACGGCGGUCUGGCCGUCUUCGGUGGCUUCACGCUGUACGAUGUCCAGAAGGUCCUGCACCACGCGCGGCUCGCCGAGCGCGGUCUGAUCAAGCGUGACGCCGUCAACGAGAGCAUUAGCCUCGAGCUCGACUUCAUUAACAUCUUCAUCCGCAUGGUCCAGAUCCUGGGCAUGCAGCAGAACAGGAGGAAAUAGAUGACUCGAAGCAUUAGUAGGACUAGCAUGAGGAGGAGCAGCAUGUGGUAUCAAGCGAUGAUACAGCCAUAGCAAGACGCAUGGCUUGAUGACAGCAAAUCAUCGCGGCGGCGUUUAUUGCAAUUUUGUGAGCGGCAUUAAAAUCUCUUUUCCUUGGACGUUUUGUUUUCCGUACACCCCGCUCCAUAUGGCGAUGAGAGCAGCAGCGAAAAGGAGAGGAGGAAGGAAAGAGUAGCAAGCAUUCCUUUGACUUGAGCUCUGGGUAUAAUUAGGGCAUCUCUUGGGCAAACAAAGCAUUUUUAAGCACUACAAAAAAUGUCAAACAAUUCAUCCACCU